GCUGCUGCUGCUCACCGGCGACUCCCGCUCUCCUUUUGCUAGAUAGCCUGGUUUAUUUCUCUCUCUCUCUCUCACACACACACACGCGCAGCAGCAGGGACCUCCCCUGCUCCCCGCCCUACUAAAUCGUGAAGCGCACGCUUCUUACUCUCACUGGAGACGCCGGCGAGGGAGCGCGAGUAGGGCUCCCCCGAUGGUCUGAGGGGCGCUGGAAGCCGCCGAGCGGCGCCCCAGCGGCUCCCCCCCUCUCGGCUGAGAGCGGGCGCGGAUGAGGCGCUGCUGGGGAGAAUGCCCCGCUCUUGCCCCCAGGGCAGCAACUUCCCGCCCAGGGAGCCUUUGCAGGAGCCGGCGCGCUCGCAACUUCAUGCCCCGAGAGAAGCCCGCGCCAGCAGCAGCAGCAGCAGCCUCAGCCACCCAGGCGCCCUCUGUCUGCGUCUUCCUCCUCGCGAGGCUCCCGGCCGCUUUCGCGCCUUUGCCGAGCCGCUUUUCCCGCCAGUCUCGAGGCUGGGCCGGCGCUGAGGGGGAAGCGGGAGCCCGGCAUGCGGAGUCUCCCCUCACACCAUGAGAUACAGCCGGCGGAGGUGCCACAACAGCAGAGACACCGCCGCUAGCAGCAGCAGCAGCAGCAGCCCCGGUCGAGAAGCGGAGCCGCAGCCGCCUUCUCCCGCCGCUUUGGCGUGCGCCGCGGAGACUUGGUCCGGAGACCUCUGGCACGAGUGGAAGAGCAGCAGCGGCGACGGCCCCGGGGAAAGUGGCCGCCGUAGCAAGCUCUGCAGCGGCGGCAACCCGCGCGCACAGGUCGCUAUCGCGGACAGCAGCUGCAGCAGCAGCAGCAGCAUCUGGCGCGUGCUGGCGGCGCGCGCCCAUCUCUCCCAGUACAGGCACUUCAGGAAAAGCUGCUUAGAGAAUCUAAUGGAUGAGGAUGAAAAAGACAGGGCAAAGAGGGCUUCACGUAACAAGUCUGAGAAGAAGAGGCGUGACCAGUUCAAUAUCCUUAUCAAGGAGCUCAGCUCAAUGCUUCCAGGAAACACCCGCAAAAUGGACAAAACUACAGUACUUGAAAAAGUCAUUGGCUUUCUUCAGAAACACAAAGAAUUCUCGACACAAACAGAGAUUUGUAACACUCAGCAGGAGUGGAAGCCUUCCUUUCUCAGCAACGAAGAAUUCACCCAGCUGAUGUUAGAGGCAUUAGAUGGAUUUGUAAUAGCUGUUACAACAGAUGGAAGCAUUGUGUAUGUUUCUGACAGUAUCACACCUCUUCUUGGACAUUUACCUUCUGACGUGAUGGAUCAGAACCUGUUGAAUUUCCUCCCAGAGCAAGAACAUUCAGACAUUUAUAAAAUAUUAUCAUCUCACAUGCUACUGAUGGAUACUGUCUCAUCAGAGUACUUAAAAUCUGAUGAAGAUUUGGAAUUUUGCUGUCAUCUUCUGAGGGGAAGUCUGAACCCAAAGGAAUUUCCAACAUACGAAUAUAUAAAAUUUGUAGGGAACUUUCUGUCUUACAGUCAUGUGCCUAUAUCUGCUUGUAAUGGCUUUGAUGGUGCUGUUCCAAGAGGUUACAGAACACCACUAGGAAAACAAGUCUGCUUUGUCGCUACUGUUCGACUGGCAACACCUCAGUUUCUAAAGGAAAUGUGCAUCGCUGAAGAACCUUUAGAGGAAUUCAGUUCAAGACACAGUUUGGAAUGGAAAUUUUUGUUUCUGGAUCACAGAGCACCACCAAUUAUAGGAUAUUUGCCUUUUGAAGUGCUGGGAACUUCUGGAUAUGAUUACUACCAUAUAGAUGACCUACAGCUCUUGGCACGGUGCCAUGAACACUUGAUGCAGUUUGGCAAAGGGAAGUCUUGCUGCUACCGGUUUCUCACCAAAGGACAGCAGUGGAUCUGGCUGCAAACACAUUAUUAUAUCACCUAUCACCAGUGGAACUCCAAACCAGAAUUCAUCGUAUGCACCCACACGGUAGUGAGUUAUGCAGAUGUUCGAGUGGAAAGGCGACGGAAUAUGAUUUUGGAAAAUGCACCUUCAGAGAUAAUCUCUUCAGUACUAAAGGACAGUGGAUCAGAACUGGAUCCUCAACAGCACUUUAACGCACUUGAAUUAGGCACGUCAAUCCUCAACACCAGUCAGACUCUUUCUGUAUCCUCUCAGGGUUCACACAAAUCUUUGCCUACAUCCUUGCCUGACACAGCAUCCACAAGAACAAAGCUCAUCCCAGAGUCUCCCUCUCUGCAAAGAAGUCCCACUAUGCAGGAGGACUUGCAGAGAUCUAGCCAACCUGCCGCUGCUCAGCUCUCAUCCCAGUUUAACAUGUUCCAAACUAUCAAAGACCAGCUUGAGCAGAGGACUCGAAUUCUGCAAGCCAAUAUUCAGUGGCAGCAGGAAGAGCUGCAGAAAAUCCAGGAGCAGCUGUGCAUUGUGCAGGAUUCCGACAUACAGAUGUUUUUACAGCAGCCAACAGCAUCUCUGAAUUUCAGCGGCAUGCAGCAGCCAGAACCUCAGGGGAAGCCAGUUGUUGAUUCUCAGCAGCAAGUUGUGCUGAGGCCUCCAAGGCCUCUUCUCCAAGGGCAGAUUGCGGCUCCUCAAGCAACAGACCAUCAAAUGUUAGGAGAAGAAAAUGUGUUAUCAAACCAGGAUCAGAAAUCAGCAAGAGCCUCGCAAGGAAUGCAGGAUAGCUGUCAAUCUUCCAGAAGCUUAACCUCGCAGUUUAGCAAUGCCUCUGUGCUCUCACAGUCUUUGAGCAGAGCUCCACCUGAUGCCAUUCUACAGGAUAACAGCCACCAGCAGAGCACUCCAGAUUUCAGUAAUGAUCAACAACUGAGACUGUUACUCAGUCAGCCUAUUCAGCCAAUGAUGCCUGGUUCCUGCCAUGCGAGGCAGACAACAGAUGAUGAUGUGACUGGACACGAAGCUAAAUACUUUCAAAGCCUACAAGCGUUCCAAAGUUUGGAAGAGCAAACCUCUGGAAGCAGUACAGCUAUAGUGCUGAUGGGACAAGCAGUAUUGCACCCUGGGUUCUCUGCAGCACAGCCAUCUCAGGCUUCAACUUUGCAACCUAUGCAUCAGCAACAACAGCAGCAAUGCUACCUUCAGGUGGGCUGCAACAGAACUGACAGUACCUAAAUGGGUAAGCCGCCCUGUAGAGUCUGCAGGCCCUUUGCACAGUGAGCAGGCAGAUUCUUUGCUCUUGCCUUCCUACCGUUGACAGGAAGAAUGCGUAGAGUACCAUCAUACACAGUCGCAGCAGCAGCAACAACCUGCUGCCAGGAGGACUGUCGGUUUGCCUGAAUCCUCAAACAUGCAACAACAUCUGCAGUAGAAUCUGCUGUAACAAUCAGUACACAUUUAGCUUUAUUGAAUGGUGGGUGACUGGGCAGGAGGGAAGCCAGCAUUUGCAUAUGUGUUCAUUUCAGAGUUUUGUGAUGUAAAGAGAUUACCAAGCACAGACCUUGGUGGAUAGUGCAAUAGGAAAGGAACGGGAAUUAUUUUGCAGAUGUUUGCACUAUUUUGUGACUACAUUAUGUAUAUUAAUACUAAUACAUACCAUCAUGUGCAAACUGGUAUGUGUUGGUAGACGAUUCUUCUGACUAUUUUGACCAGAAAGUAUUCUGGCUAUUCCAAAAAAAAAGUGGAUACGAGUUACUUGGCCUUCACUAUUUUGAUCUUUUGAAUAUGAAAAGCACUGGUUCAGAGAAAAUCUAUUGAGAGAAUUAGAGAUUAUUUUUAUUAAUAUUAUUAUUAUUUUGCACAACUGCACAAAAGGCAUAACCUAGCACUUUCGGUAAAUAAAAGUUUGUUCUGGUGGCCAGAUAAGCACUUCCAGUGAGAGAGAGAACAUGUUGUCCUUUAUUUAAAUAAAAAGCACCCUGCAGUUUAUAGACCUUGGACUCAUAACCUGAAAGUAUUAAACUUGUUACCUCUCCCUCUUGCUAUUUCUAAUGUUUCAAAGAAAUUACACUGGACAUUUUCCUAUUUACUUAGUGAACUACAAUUGUAAACCGUGAACCGAAGCACAAUCAUGCAGCUAUUAUUCCAAUGUACUAGUCAUGCUCUUUAAACACUUUGAAGAGAAUCUUUUCUACUAACUGAACAGCCCCCUCACAACUGUUCAUAGAACAAACACCUGAAGAAUAUGCACUGUGUUACAGCCCAUUAAGUGGAAAAAUGCUGCAACUAUAUUACAUAUCUUUCAUUAUUACGUUUAGGUUUGACUUUUCCUCCAAAGCGUUGCACUUUUGUAUGCUUUAUGUUGAUGUUUCUAAAAAAAAAAGAUUUUAUGUAAUUAUUCAAUAAGUAGCGUAUAAAAAAGUUGUUGUAAACAAAACAAAACCCCAACCUUGACCUAUUUCUAUAUAAAAUAAACUUAUAUGGGAUUAUGUGAACAUUAUUUCGUUUAUGAAAUACCAGCUCAUU